CGGUAAUAAUUCUCUUUUCACCGACCAUGUAGUCCAGUUACACCAGUUGGUUCCGCCAAAAAGUUGGUGGAAUUUGCCCGCUAGAGAUCAAAACCUGGACAACCCCCAAAUCUUCGGCGCGUGGCUGUUCCGGCCGCAGCAGCACGCCAUUAUUCGCCAGGGCGAGCUGUUUUGGCUGAACGCGAUGGAGAAUCCGUACGAAGAUAGAAACGCGGACCAGGUCACGAACGCGCAUCUCUCAGUCGGGUUGGUGUACGGAAUUUUGGCGGAGAACACUCUGGGGAUUGCGAAACUGGACGAGAAUAUAAGUCGGCGCGGCGAGACGGGUAGCGGGGAAGGAAAGUUUGACUUCUACACAAACCUCCUCCAGCAAAUCCCGCUGGAAUCUACCACAAAGGUCCGCCUGCUCCCCGACCCCUUUAUGACCACCGGGCCGCUUUUCAGUGGUACUUCUAGCGGUAGAACUUCUGUGGCGGGAGGUACUAUGCAACAGAAUUCGGGGUCCCUUUUCACUGUGAAAGAUACUGUGACGACGGCCUCGAAAACGGCUGCGAAUAAAGCGCCGACGUCCACUGGGUCAUCCGUAACAAACCUCCCGAGAAACAAACAAGUAGAUCCGCCCCACAAGCUGCAGAUUUUGGAAAUUCACUUUUACCACUACCCGGACAUUCACAUGCCCUUCGAGAAACGACCUGGGGACACCUCGGACCCG